GGUCGAACACUGGUCGAGCGGAAUGGGGGACUGCGCAACAAGGGUAUUGCCACUGACCUACUUCUCAUUCUCAUCAUUUCGGAUUGAUUGCAUGCUUGGUCUUCACAUGGCUAUUUCUGAUCCGAGUGUAAGUCGGAACAAACUGUGUGAAGACGGGCAUCGAGGAAUGCAUUGAUGCAAGACAUACAUCCCGUCUCAGGCCAACGUCUCUCCCAUACCAGCGAUGUCCCAACGACUUACAUUUACCACUGCUAGCAUGCAGAAUCUUGUCAUUUCCAACCCAACUGACGCACUCUACUAUGAGGUGUUAACCCCUGACUGGGAGUCGCACCUGACGACAGUGCGCCGACUUGACACUCGUGCAGAACGCUAUGACACCAUCGGCAGCAUCCGAAACCAAUCACGCAAACCCGUCGCAGUCAGCAUGUACAGCGGAGAGUUCAUGAACGAAGAGUUAUGGUUACGAAAAAUUGAGGGAGACGAUCGACAGAGUCGAUGGGAAUUUGAUGAUGGCGAAGGGAAUUAUUUCUCUUGGGCUGUAGCAGGUCCAAAUUUUGAGCUUCGCAGCAUUGAUGAAGGCGGGGCGCCGAGUCGAAAACCCAUAGCAACGUACUACCCACACAAGCGCUACGUCAUGGUGGGUAUGAUAUCACAGCGUGCAUUUUUAGAGAUCGAGCCUUCUGUGGUGGAUUCCCUGGAUACAAUACUAGUUUCCCUACUUGUGCUUGCAAAGAAACGGAGGAAGCAUAGUCUUUGAAGACACGACGGGGAACAGCGGGAGCUUUUGGACACUUGGACAUUUUU